AUGUCAAAGGUACCACUUAUCCCACCCGAUGAGAGAAUAUCAGAUAUGUCCUCUGCGACGUCAACCCUCACCUCAUCCCAAAAACCACGACGUGUACUUGCUUGUAUGCUUUGUCAACAGAGAAAAGUCAAGUGUGAUCGCAAACACCCUUGUUCUCAUUGCGUCAAGUCACGAGUACAAUGUGUACCGGCAACACAACUUCCUCGCCAGCGAAGACGCAGGUUUUCAGAGCGAGAGCUGCUAGAUCGUCUUCGCAAGUACGAAAAUCUCUUGCGCCAAAAUAAUAUCAAGUUUGAGCCUCUUCACAAAGACUCGCCUGUAGGGAAAGAGUCUCCUCGGGUGGAAGUUCAAGAUGAUUCCAAUGAUGAACAGCCAAAGAUUGCGAGGGCAAAUGCGUCAUCUUCUUCAUCAACUUUCAGUUCCAAAAGAGUAUAUGGGGCUACGAAUGUCUGGCACGCUAUGAGUCAAGAAUUUCGGGAACCCGAUAAUUAUAGCAAUUCUUCUGAUGAUGAUGUGCGCGAAGCGGAUAUGAAGAAAGCGUGGGAUCAAAUAUCCGAAAAUGAUAACCUUUUAUUUGGCUCACGUAUCACAACCGUCGAUAUCUCUACCCUUCACCCAGAACCAGUCCAAAUAUUCAGACUUUGGCAGAUAUACUUGGACAAUGUGAACUCACUGCUAAAAGUCACGCACACUCCUAGUCUCCAGGGACUCAUCAUAGAAGCGGCUAGUAAAGUUAUGAAUAUCAAGGCCAAUUUGGAGGCGUUAAUGUUUGGCAUCUAUUGCAUGUCUAUUUCGAGUCUGACCCCGGAAGAUUGUCAGCUUAUUUUUAGUUCGUCGAAAGCAGAUCUCCUGACGAGGUAUCAGUUCGGUUGCCAGCAAGGUCUGUUGAACAGUGGAUUCCUACGGAACAGGAACGAUCGAGACAGCUUGACUGCAUUAUUCUUCUACCUACUCUCCAUUAGACCCAACUCGGUCCCUCAAUCUCUGUCUUCCAUGCUCGCCGUUGCCAUUCGUACUGCUCAACGUAUGGGUUGUCACAGUGAACUGGCCUUAUCUAAACUUCCACCUCUAGAGGCUGAAAUGCGCCGAAGACUUUGGUGGUCACUUGUACUUUACGACACUCGUGUCGGCGAGCUCUCUGACUCCAAACACGCGAACUUAGCUCCUACGUGGGACUGCAAAAUUCCACUUAACGUGAGUGAUUCGGAUUUUCAUACGGAGAUGAAGGAUCCCCCACAAAUUCAAGGAAAACCAACCGAAUCAAUUUUUGCCGUUGUACGCAGUGAAUUGGGAGACUUGAUUCGAAAUACCAAAUUCCACUUUGAUUUCAAUAAUCCUGCAUUAAAGCCAGCUGCCAAGGAUAUUCAUCAUGAUCCUACAACAGAAGGCAGUGAGCUCGCCAAAUUAGAAAAAAUCAUCGAGGAAAAGUAUCUCCAGUUCUGUGAUCCGGAAAACCCACUCCACUUCAUGACGAUCUGGACGACGCGAAUGAGUCUUGCCAAAUGGCACCUGGUAGAACACUGGCACUAUUCUGGGAAAAACUACUCAUCCAAAGUAGGUAUCGUACGCGAUACCACCAUCUCCCACGCCCUCACCAUGCUCGAAUGCGACACCAAACUCAUGACAUCUCCCCUCUCCAAAGGUUUCAUCUGGCUGUCCUACAUGUAUUUUCCCUUCCCGGCCUACUUUCAAAUCGUGCAGAAUCUCAAACGACGACCGCUCAGCCCACAAGCAGAACAGGCUUGGGAGGCCAUGACUGCCAAUUCUGAGGCGCGCUUUAAUACACUGCUGUAUGAUGAGAUCCCCGGACCGUUCUUCAAUAUCUUCGCAAAGAUUAUCGUGCAGGCGUGGGAGGUGCGGGAAUUGGCUUUUGCACAGAUGGGACAGGUGGUGCUGGAACCGGGGUUGGUGGUCAGUAUUCGGCGGAGAAUGGCGGAGUCGGUGCGGAGUGCGGGGGAGGGUGAACGGGCAGGUGAACGGGCAGGUGUUGGUGGAGAGGAUAGAGAUGGUGAUGAAUUUUCUAUGGUGGCGCCAGUGGGGUUUUAUGGUAUGGGAGAUGAAUAUGGAUACGCAGGACUGGGAAUGGAAUCGGGAUCGGGAUCAGGGACUUACAACGAUAUGUCCGGACUGGGAUUGAUGGACGGUGAAAUCAAUCAGCUGGACUGGUCUGCCAUGGACUGGAACGCAUUGAACAUGCAGACUGGUGGAACUGGGCCGCUUCCAUAUUAG